GAAAACAAGACGGCCAUACAACAGGCGAUCCAGGUUGAAGAAAUCCUCGUGGUCCUUGUCAUGGUGAUCAUCUGGGUGGUGGCCUUUAUGGCAUUCCUGAAGAAAUGGGACAGCAUCCGGAUCAUGCAGCCCAUGGAGACCAGAUACAAACACACUCCAAAGAAUUUGGAGAACAUCAAGAUCGUGAAGAGAGCACAGGACAGCAUCAUCUACAAGAGCUACAGCAGGAAGAUGUCAACGACGAUGGUGGAGCGGGAAAAACGCCGCCUUCAGCGCAUGCACACAGUGGCAUGCAUGGGCACUCUACCGGGCUUUCCCAAACAAGCAAUAUCCCCACCCUGUAUAGAGGAGGCCAUCACAGAAAUGUGA